AUGCUACUCAGUUCUUAGAAUUUAGAUACAAAAACAAUAGCAGAGAAGUAUGUAUUACUAAAGAAAAAAUAAAUAGGAACUGUAAUGGAUAAAUCAUAUAAUUAGGGUGCUUUUGCUACAGUUUUUGAAGGUUUUGUAAAAGGAAAUGCAUAAGAAAAAGUGGCUAUAAAAAUUCUUCAAAGUUUGCCUAAAGAUUCGACAAAUAAAACAAUAGAAACUCUUAAGAUAUUAUAUCAGAGAGAACGUGAAAUACACAAAUAAAUAGAUAGUGAAAAUGUUGUGAAGUAUGAAUUUUGAAAAAAAUUAUUAGAAUGAUAGAUGUAAUCUAAUGUGAUCAAUCGACAUACUUAAUCUUAGAGUUUUGUGAGGAGGGAAAUCUAAAUAAAAUUUUGAAUAGAUAACCAAAGAGACGAUUCAAUUAAGAACGUGCUUAUCAAAUAUUUUGUCAAAUAGUGGAGGGCUAUAAAUCAUUAUAUAAAUUGAAGACUCUUCAUAGAGAUUUAAAACCUGAAAAUAUAUUAUUUUCAAAAGGUGUAGCUAAAAUUGCAGACUUUGGUUUUGCUAAGAUAAUAGAAGAAAUGGAUUUGGCUGCAGAUUAAACAGUUGUUGGCACUCUAUUAUAUCAAGCUCCAGAGAUGAUGGUUAGUUCAAAAUAUUCUUCUAAAGUUGAUAUUUGGUCAUUGGGUGUUAUUUUUUAUGAAAUGCUCUAUGGAACGACACCUUUUAAUGAGCAACAUCCAAAUAAAUUACAUAAAAAAAUAACAACAGAACCACUUAAAUUCCCUCAAGAUGUUCAAAUAAACGAAUCUUACAUAAAUUUAUUAAAAAAAAUGUUAAAAGUAGAUCCUGAAAUGAGAAUCAGAUGGGAUGAAAUAUUCUUAUUAUUAUCAAAGGAUUAAAAUAAUUAAAUUAUAACUGAUGAAAAUUUUAGUGUGGCAACAACUCAUAUGAGUGAUAGUGAUAGAUUUUAAACAAAUUAUAAGAAAGUGGAACAAUAAAUAAAUAAAAUUGAUGAAAUAAAGGACUACUUUGAUUAUGUUUAGAGAAUAUUCUCAUUUUCUAAUAAUAAUACCGCUCGAUUAUUCUUUACAUUACCAGACAAAUUAUAAAUAAGUCCAUCUUAGUAGCUAUUAUUUAGUAUUACAUCAACUAAAUAUUUAUUAAACUAGUAUAAUUUUUAUAUAUAAAUCCUCUUAGGUUAAGUAUAUAUUUAUUAUUAAAUAUUAAUAGCUUCCUCCCUCUGAAAUAAAUUUUAAGGAGAAUGAUAUUAAAACAUUUUAAUCUGAUUAGGCUAAAUAUUAUUCUGUAUUAAAUUAUUUAAAAACUAAUCAUGAAACAAUGAAUUAAUUUUACAAUGAAAAAUUAUUACCAUAAUUUAUAAAAUUGAAAUAGGCUGACAAUACUAAUUAACUUGUACAUAAUAUUAUAUAUUUUUAAGAUAAAAAUUAUUGAUGAAUUAGUGCAAACCAAUUAGAGAAAUAAAAAAUCUUGGGAUUCUUUCAACAAAGUCUAUAUGUAUUUUAUAGCAGAAAUCACUAAGUCCAUUAAAAGUAAAUAAAUUACUGACGAAGCAACAUUAAGAUAGAUAUACACAUUAUAAAUUAACAUGUUUUUCUCACUUCAUCCUUUGAAGUUUAUCUAAAAUGAAUUUGAACCAAAAAAUUUAGAAAAUGAAUUAAUUCAAUCUUCAACUCAAAAGUUGGAAAAUAAAGUUACUGAACUAAACAUUAUUUAUUCUGCUGUAGUAAAAUGA